UUCAUUCCUCAGCAAGAGAGAAUUGAAUUGGAUCGUCUCUUUCAAAAAUACGUACCCUACCUUAUUGAUAUGAUUGUAGAGGGAAUUGUGGGCGGCAGACAUGGAGAAAGGCUGAAGACCAUUGUUCCUCAAACAGAUUUAAAUAUGGUGGUGCAGUUGGCUGUGAUGCUGGAAGCUCUAGUUGUGGUACAUUCUGAUGACCUUGAUGUUCUGGAGUGUUUUUUCUUGGAAGCUUUAUAUUCCUCCUUAGGUGCUGCUCUUCUUGAUGCUGGAAGAAUUACAUUUGAUGAAAAUGUUAAACGUAUUUCAUGCAUGCCUACAGUUCAUGAUGAUAACGUCCUGGCUCAGCCAGGGGAACUGCCAGCUCAGCUGCCAACUUUGUAUGACUUUCAUUUUGAUGGAUUUCGAAAAAAGUGGAUACCUUGGCUGAAACUUGUUCCUGAAUACAUUCAUAAACCUCAAGUGAAAUUUCUUGACAUUCUAGUGCCUACAGUGGAUACAACACGCACUACUUGGUUACUAGAACAGAUGGUAAAAACAAAACGCCCAGUUGUUCUUGCAGGUGAAUCGGGUACAUCUAAAACAGCAACUACACAAAACUUCCUAAACAAUCUGGACAGAGAUCUUAAUCUCCUGCUCAUAAUGAACUUCUCUUCUCGUACAGCAUCGAUGGACAUUCAGAGAAACCUAGAGACAUAUGUAGAAAAACGAACUAAAGACAGCUAUGGUCCUCCUAUGGGAAAACGCCUCCUUGUUUUUAUGGAUGAUAUGAAUAUGCCAAAGGUUGAUGAGUAUGGCACACAGCAACCCAUUGCCUUGUUGAAGCUGCUGCUUGAAAAAGGUUUCUUGUACAGCCGUGGUAAGGAGAUGACUUGUAAACUUCUUCGAGACUUGGAUUUUAUUGCUGCCAUGGGGAAAGCUGGAGGAGGUCGGAAUGAAGUUGACCCUCGAUUCAUCUCACUCUUCAGUUUUCCUUCUGAACAAUCACUGAAUUUGAUCUAUGCCUCCAUCCUUAAAGGCCACACCAUGACGUUUAAUGAGUCUAUAUCAGCCAUCUCUGACAAGAUUACUGUGUGUACUCUGGAGCUUUCUAAACUGAUUAUUCGUGACUUACCCCCUACUCCUUCCAAAUUCCAUGACAUUUUUAACUUGCGGGAUCUUUCCAGGGUGUACAAUGGACUUACUCUUCCAAAUCCAGAGAGGUUUCAAAUGGUGACCCAGAUGGUGAGAGUUUGGAGAGAUGAGUGCCUCAGGGUUUUCCAUGACAGGCUGAUUAAUGAAGCAGAUAAAGCAUUGGUACAAGGUCAUAUAAAAAACCUGAUUGAAGAGAAUUUCAAAGAUGACUUGAAGCAGGCCAGGAGAGAUCCUAUACUUUUUGGAGAUUCCAGAACGGCACUGAGUGAAGAACCUCGAGUUUAUGAAGAUAUCCAAGAUUAUGAUGCAGCAAAAGCUCUUUUUCAGGAGAUUUUGGAGGAAUACAAUGAAGUUAAUAUUACAAUGAAUCUAGUUCUUUUUGAUGAUGCUUUAGAACACUUAAUCCAUGUGCAUCGCAUCAUACAGCUGGAUCGUGGGCAUGCCCUGCUCAUAGGAGUGGGAGACUCAGGAAAACAGUCUCUGACAAGACUGGCUGCCUAUACAGCUGGGUAUGAGGUAUUUGAGAUCGUCUUGAGUCGAGGAUAUCGAGAAAAUAAUUUCCGAGGUGAUUUGAAAAAUUUGUACCAGAAGCUGGGUAUUGAGAACACGUCAAUAGUCUUCUUGUUUACAGAUGGCCAUGUAGCAGAAGAGAGUUUCCUAGAACUCAUCAACAACAUGUUAACUUCAGGAAUGGUGCCAGCCCUUUUUCCAGAUGAUGAAAAAGACACCAUAGUACGAGCGAUUAUGGAUGAAGCUACUAAAGCUGGCACGAGCCCAUCUAAAGAGAGUGUCUGGCAAUAUUUCGUAAAUAAAUGUGCAGGCAACCUUCACAUUGUCCUAGGAAUGUCCCCAGCUGGGGACAGUCUGAGAACGUGGUGCAGAAAUUUCCAAGGUCUUGUCAACAAUACUGGUAUUGACUGGUUCUUGCCUUGGCCUCCCCAGGCCUUAUAUGCAGUCACACAAUCUUUUGUUGAAAAUAACAGACGCAUCCCAUCGGAGAGCUUCAAAUCAGUGACUGAACACAUGGUUAUGGUGCAUGAAUCUGUAGGGGUUUUCAGCAAGAGGUUUCUGCAGAAACUGAGACGUAGCAACCAUGUCACACCAAAGAGUUACCUUGAUUUUAUCCGUAAUUAUUCAAAAUUGCUGGAGGAGAAAAAUGAGUUCAUUUUAGCGCAAUGUAAACAGCUGGAUGGGGGCUUAGUUAAACUGAAGGAAGCUGGUAUACAGCUGGUUGAGCUGAACAAGAAACUUGCUGAGCAAAAUAUUGUGCUAGCAGAAAAAUCAGCUGCUUGUGAGGCUUUCUUACAAGAGAUUUCAACAAACAAAGAAGCGGGUAGGAGAAGCAAAAAACUGGCUGAAGAAAAAGCUGUCAAGAUACAGGAACAGAAUAAGACAAUUGCUGUGGAGAAGGCAGCUGCUGAGAGAGCUCUGGCUGAAGUCAUGCCUGUUUUAGAUGCUGCCAGACUGGAGCUUCAGAAGCUUGACAAGUCUGAUGUUACUGAAAUCAGAUCCUUUGCAAAACCCCCUAAGCAGGUGCAGGGUGUUUUGGAAUGUGUUCUUAUAAUGAGAGGUUACAAAGAAUUAAACUGGAAGACAGCCAGAGGAAUGAUGUCUGAGGCAAAUUUCCUGCAAUCUCUGCUGGAUACAGAUUUUGAUGGAAUUACUCAGAGCCAAGUGAAGUCUAUCUGAGCUCUGUUAAAGAGUCUUAAUACUACCUUCGCUGAAAUACUUCCCAGAGCAGGACUGGGAAUGUUAAAGUUUGUCGAUGCAGCGAUGAGCUACUGUGAUGUAGUUAAAGAAGUCAAGCCAAAGAGAGAGAAGGUGGCUAGGAUGGAGCAGAACUAUUACUUAACUAAGCGGGAACUGGAAAAAAUAAAUGCAGAGUUGGGUACCAUUCAGGAUGAGCUUAAAGCUUUGAGCAACAAAUAUGAAGAGGCAGUAAAAGAAAAGCAACAGUUACUAGAAGAAGCAGAGAUUAUGAGGAGAAGAUUAGAUGCUGCUGACAAGCUCAUCAAUGGCUUGAGGUCUGAGAAUGAGAGGUGGACAAAGGAGUUAGAGGACUUUGAAAUACGAAAGGUGAAGUUGCUUGGAGACUGUCUACUCUGUGCUGCCUUCCUGAGCUAUGAAGGAGCAUUCAACUGGGAUUUUCGUAAUGAGGUGAUUUAUCAAGUGUGGCAAGAAGAUAUCCUCUCACGAAAGAUUCCUUUCAGUCAACCAUUUAGGAUAGAAAACCUCCUGAGUAAUGAUGUGGAGAUUAGCAGGUGGGUUGCCCAAGGGUUGCCUCCAGAUGAGCUCUCUGUCCAGAAUGGCAUCCUGACAACAUAUGCAAGCCGCUUCCCACUCUGUAUUGACCCACACCAACAGGCAUUACAUUGGAUUAAGAAGAAAGAAGAAAAAAAUAACCUGAGGGUGGCUUCCUUUAAUGACCCAGACUUCCUUAAACAACUUGAACUGGCCAUGAAGUAUGGAAACCCUUUCUUGGUGCAUAGUGUUGAUGAAUAUAUUGAUCCUGUGAUAGACAAUGUCUUAGAGAAGAAUAUCAAAGUUGCACGGGGGAGAACAUUCAUUGUCCUGGGUGACAAAGAGGUUGACUAUGACACUAAUUUCAGAUUGUAUCUGAACACCAAAUUAUCAAACCCAAAGUAUUCUCCCUCUGUGUUUGGCAAAGCCAUGGUUAUCAAUUAUACCGUUACGUUAAAGGGCCUAGAGGAUCAGUUGCUCAGCGUCAUUAUGGGUCUUGAAAGAAGGGAGUUGGAAGAACAGAGAGAACAUCUCAUCCAGGAGACAAGUGACAACAAAAACUUGCUGAAAGAUCUUGAAGACUCUCUCCUUCGGGAACUGACAUCUUCCACAGGAAACAUGCUGGACAACUUGGACUUGGUUCAAACCUUGGAAGAAACAAAAUCCAAAGCUUCUGAGGUGAUUGAAAAACUCAGUCUGGCUGAGACGACGGCGGUGGAUAUUGAUCGUCUUCGAGAUGGCUACAGACCAGCUGCCAGGAGGGGAGCCAUUUUAUUCUCCGUUUUGUCUGAAAUGGCACUUGUCAACACCAUGUAUCAGUUCUCACUGGUCUCCUUCUUGGAGGUUUUUGAACUCUCUCUUUGGAAAUCCAUGCCCAGUCCUAUUCUUCUGAAGAGGUUAAAAGCCAUCAUGGAUACAUUGGCUUUCAACACCUAUAACUAUGGAUGCACGGGCUUGUUUGAGAAGCACAAGUUACUAUUCUCCUUUAACAUGACUGUCAGAAUAGAACGCGCUGAGGGCAGAGUUCCACAAGAAGAACUUGAGCUCUUUUUGAAAGGCAAUGUUUCCCUGGAGAAGAGUGAACAAAAGAAACCGUAUGCCUGGCUUCCAGAUCAAGGCUGGGAAGACCUGAUCUACUUGUCUGAACUAUUUCCUGAGAAAUUUGAAUCUCUUCCAGAUGAUGCGGAAAAAAAUCCAGAUGUAUGGAAAAAUUGGUACGAUACGGAUGAUCUGGAGCAGAGGCCAUUCCCCAUGCAGUACCAGGACAAUCUCACGAACUUUCAGAAGCUCCUACUGUUACGGUGUCUCCGGGUGGACUGGCUAUACCGGGCAGUAAUGGACUAUGUUACUGUGACCAUGAGUGAGAAGUGUGUGCAGCCUCCUGUGAUCAGCUUUGAAGCUAUCUUUGAGCAAUGCAGUCCAUACUCGCCAGUUGUUUUUAUCUUAAGUCCUGGCUCUGAUCCUGUCAGUGACCUCAUGAAACUGGCCGAGAGGACAGGCUUCGGAGGGGAUAGACUCAAAUUCCUAGCCAUGGGACAAGGCCAAGAAAAGAUUGCUUUGCAGAUGCUGCAGAGUGCGGCGGUUCAUGGAGAGUGGCUGAUGUUGCAGAACUGUCACCUUCUGGUGAGGUGGCUUCUCAAUCUGGAAAAGGCCCUGGAGAGCAUCACAGAGCCUCACCAAGACUUUCGCCUCUGGCUGACUACUGACCCGACCAAGGACUUCUGAAUCGGGAUACUGCAGAAGUCCUUAAAGGUUGUGACAGAACCACCUAAUGGUCUGAAACCGAAUAUGAGAGCCACCUACUUCAGAAUUCCCCAGGAAGCCCUAGAGCAGUGCCCCCAUCCUGCCUCUAAAUCCUCAGUCUAUGUCUUGGCAUUUUUCCAUGCUGUGGUUCAGGAGAGAAGGAAGUUUGGGAAGAUUGGCCGGAACGUACCCUAUGAUUUUAAUGAGUCUGAUUUCCAGGUCUGCUUGGAAAUUCUUAACACGUACUUGACAAAAGCUUUCCAACAAAAUGAUAAUAUCCCCUGGAGCAGCCUCAAACACCUUAUUGGUGAGGUCAUGUAUGGUGGGCGCGCAAUUGAUCGUUGCAUCCUGACUCUCUAUAUGGACGAGUACUUUGGUGAUUUCAUAUUUGACACACUCCAAAAGUUUCUUUUUUAUAAAAACGACAGUGUUCAUUAUAACAUUCCACAGGGGACUGUAAAAGAUGACUUUGUUGAGGCGAUAGAAACUCUGCCACUUGCUAAUACCCCAGAGGUAUUCGGUCUUCAUCCAAAUGCCGAGAUUGGGUAUUACAGGCAGUUUGAUAUUUGCUCCCACCCCCUUGAGCUGCAGCCUCAGACAGGUGAAACUGGAACAGGAAUUAGUCGAGACGAUUACAUUGCAAAUGUUGCUAAGGAUAUAGAAAACAAAAUACCGCAAGUAUUCGAUGUUGACCACAUACGGAAAGGUUUUGAACCAGACAUCGCCCCGACGACUGUGGUGCUGUUGCAGGAAUUGGAACGUUUCAAUAAGCUGAUCAUUCGAAUGGCAAAGUCAUUGGCUGAACUGCAACGUGCCUUGGCUGGGGAAGUUGGAAUGAGCAGUGAACUGGACGAUGUAGCUCAGGCUCUCUUUAACAGGCAGAUCCCUGGAAUCUGGCAGCGGCUGGCCCCCGACACGUGAAAAACGCUUGGAAAUUGGAUUAUUUUCUUUAGAGAUCGGUAUAACCAGUACACCAGUUGGGUUAACAAGUGCGAGCCGAAGGUGAUGUGGCUCUCAGGCCUGCACAUCCCAGAGUCUUACCUGACAGCUCUUGUUCAAGCCACCUGCAGGAAAAACAAGUGGCCCCUGAAUCACUGCACCCUCUACACAGAGGUAACGGCGUACAGGACAGCAGAAGACAUCACUGAGGGGUCUAUUCAAGGAGGGUGUCUUUAG